CACCAGACCUGUAACCAUGCCUGAACCAGCCGUGAAAGCCGCAAAGAAGGGAUCCAAGAAGGCGGUGACGAAGACCGCGGGCAAGAAGGACAAGAAGAGGAGGAAGACCAGGAAGGAGAGCUACGCCAUCUACGUGUACAAGGUGAUGAAGCAGGUGCACCCCGACACCGGCAUCUCCUCCAAGGCCAUGGGCAUCAUGAACUCGUUCGUGAGCGACAUCUUCGAGCGCAUCGCCGGCGAGGCCUCGCGCCUGGCCCACUACAACAAGCGCUCCACCAUCACCUCCAGGGAGAUCCAGACCGCCGUGAGGCUGCUGCUGCCCGGGGAGCUGGCCAAGCACGCCGUGUCCGAGGGCACCAAGGCCGUCACCAAGUACACCAGCUCCAAGUAGACCAGCUCCGAGUAGACCACGUCCCGCCGCCGACAUCCCACCAAACCAACGGCUCUUUUAAGAGCCACACACUCCUCCUCCUUAAAGAGCAAAUCUCCAUUUAACUGCGUUUUAACUGGCGUUGUCUUCCCGUGGACCAUGAACCGGGUCCUUCUAGGUCAAAAAUUGAUAAUGAACAUUUUUCAUUUUCUUUUAAAACCUGAGCUGGUUUAACAACAGGUUUGACACUUUAUUCUUGGAAUUCAUGGUCAAAAAAAACUCAAUUUUAUAAUUUUUUUUACAUUUGUUAAUGGUUAAAAAUGCAGGAAUGAAGAUUUAUUUAUUUGGACUACUAGUUGAGAUCAGCGGAUGUUGAGUAGAUGUCAGAGUUCAGUCCUGAGUCCGUUUUAAAAACCUGAAAAAAGGACUUCAAAUGCUGUA